CUGUGAACACAAGCAGAGAAGGAGCAAACCAAUACACAGUUCUGUCUAGACCAACCUUCCUGAGCCUGGAUGCUUCUCUGUGUCACCUGCAUUCACCAGCAUGUUGAUACUUCUACCUAACCUGCUUUUUGUCUCCUAUAGUAUUAUUUUCUUGAGCUCAUCAUCACCUGCUGCAGGUGUGCUGAUCAGAUUAGAUGGGCCUGGGUCUACUCUGUGCUCUGGAAGAGUUGAAAUCUAUUACAACAACACCUGGGGAACCGUCUGUGAUGACUACUGGGACUUAAAUGAUGCUAUGGUGGUGUGCAGAGAGUUGGGCUGUGGUACUGCACUGAGUGUCCCUAAAUUUGGUCAAGGAAUCGGACAAAUCUGGCUUGAUGAUGUGGCCUGUUUAGGAAGUGAAAGGUCUCUAGCUGAGUGUCAGCACAGAGAAUUUGGGAAAAACAACUGUGGACAUGGUGAGGAUGCUGGUGUGGUCUGUUCAGAUAGUCAGAUAAGAUUAGCUGGGUCUGGAUCUACUCAAUGUUCUGGAAGAGUUGAAAUCUAUCACAGUGGCUCCUGGGGAACAGUCUGUGAUGACAGCUGGGACUUAAAUGAUGCUAUGGUGGUGUGCAGACAGUUGGGCUGUGGUCCGACUCUGAGUGCCCCUCAGUCGGCCCACUUUGGUCAAGGAACUGGACAUAUCUGGCUUGAUGAUGUGGACUGUUCAGGAAGUGAAAGGUCUCUAAAUGAGUGUCAGCAUGGAGAAUUUGGGACACACAACUGUGGACACCAUGAGGACGCUGGUGUGGUCUGCUCAGGUGUGCAGAUGAGAUUGGCUGGGUCUGGGUCUACUCAGUGCUCUGGAAGAGUAGAAGUCCAUUACAACAGUGCCUGGGGAACAGUCUGUGAUGAUGGUUGGGACCUAAGUGAUGCUAAGGUGGUGUGCAGACAGUUGGGCUGUGGUAUGGCACUGAGUGCCCCUCAGUCAGCCCACUUUGGUCAAGGAGCUGGACAAAUCUGGCUUGAUGACGUGGCCUGUUCAGGAACUGAAAGGUCUCUAAUUGAGUGUCAGCAUGGAGGAUUUGGGAAACACAACUGUGGACAUGGUGAGGACGCUGGUGUUGUCUGUUCAGGUGGUCAGAUCAGAUUAGUUGGGUCUAGCCGAUGUUCUGGAACAGUUGAAAUCUAUUACAACGGAGCGUGGGGAACAGUCUGUGAUGACAGCUGGGACUUAAAUGAUGCUAAGGUGGUGUGCAGACAGUUGGGCUGUGGUACGGCUCUGAGUGCCCCUCAGUCAGCCCACUUUGGUCAAGGAACCGGACAAAUCUGGCUUGAUGAUGUGGUUUGUUCAGGAAGUGAAAGGUCUCUAAGUGAGUGUCAACACAGAGGAUUUGGGAUACACAACUGUGGACACGGUGAGGACGCUGGUGUUGUCUGUUCAGCAAGCUUCCCAAAGCCCACCAUCUCCAUGAAUCCUGCUGGUGAGGUUACCUGGGGUCAGAAUGUUGACAUCACUUGUUCAAUCUCAACUCAGCAUUUAAAUAGAACUUUCAUCCUGCUAAGAUCCUCAGGCUCAUUCAGAAAGACCCAAACAUCGAGUACCAACUCUGCUACCUUCAGAAUCCUCAAAGUCAACUUUGAUGAUGAGGGAUCGUACCAGUGUCAGUAUCAGACACAGGUUUCAGGUCAAGACUUCAGCUCCCCCUUAAGUGACUCUGUCAGACUUCCUGUUAACGUGAGCCUUCCAAAGCCCAGAAUCUCCAUGAAUCCUGCCGGUGAGGUUACCUGGGGUCACAAUGCCGAAAUCACUUGUUCAAUCUCUACUCAGCAUUUGCAUGGAACAUUCAUCCUACGGAAGACCUCAGGCUCAUUCAGACAGACCCAAACAUGUAGUAACAACUCUGCUACCUUCAUUAUCCCUGAAGUGAACUUUGAUAAUGGAGGAUCGUACCAGUGUCAGUAUCAGACACAAGUUUCAAGUCGUGACUUCAGCUCCCCCUUAAGUGACUCUGUCAGACUCUCUGUUACUGUGAGCCUUCCAAAGCCCAGAAUCUCCAUGAAUCCUGCUGGUAAGGUUACCUGGGGUCACAAUGCCGGCAUCACUUGUUCAAUCUCUACUCAGCAUUCAGAUGGAACAUUCAUCCUACAGAAGACCUCAGGCUCAUUCAGAAAGACCCAAACAUGUAGUAACAACUCUGCUACCUUCAUUAUCCCUCAAGUGAACUUUGAUAAUGAAGGAUCAUACCAGUGUCAGUAUCAGACACAAGUUUCAAGUCGUGACUUCAGCUCCCCCUUAAGUGACUCUGUCAGACUCUCUGUUACUGUGAGCCUUCCAAAGCCCAGAAUCUCCAUGAAUCCUGCCGGUGAGGUUACCUGGGGUCACAAUGCCGAAAUCACUUGUUCAAUCUCUACUCAGCAUUUGCAUGGAACAUUCAUCCUACGGAAGACAUCAGGCUCAUUCAGACAGACCCAAACAUGUAGUAACAACUCUGCUACCUUCAUUAUCCCUGAAGUGAACUUUGAUAAUGGAGGAUCGUACCAGUGUCAGUAUCAGACACAAGUUUCAAGUCGUGACUUCAGCUCCCCCUUAAGUGACUCUGUCAGACUCUCUGUUACUGUGACCCUCCCCAGGCCCACCAUCUCCAUUAAUCCUGCUGGUGAGGUUACCUGGGGUCAGGAUGUUGGCAUCACUUGUUCAAUCUCAACUCAGCAUUUAGGUGGAACAUUAAUCCUGCAGAAGACCUCGGGUUUAAUCACAAAGACCCAAAGAUCUAGUACCAACUCCACUACCUUCAGAAUCGCCAAUGUCAACAUUGAUAAUGAGGGAUCGUACCGGUGUCAGUAUCAGACACAGGUUUCAGGUCAAGACUUCAGCUCCCCCUUAAGUGACUCUGUCAGACUCUCUAUUACUGUGAGCCUUCCAAAACCCAGAAUCUCCAUGAAUCCUGCCAGUGAGGUUACCUGGGGUCACAAUGCCGGCAUCACUUGUUCAAUCUCUACUCAGCAUUCAGAUGGAACAUUCAUCCUACAGAAGACCUCAGGCUCAUUCAGAAAGACCCAAACAUGUAGUAACAACUCUGCUACCUUCAUUAUCCCUCAAGUGAAUUUUGAUAAUGGAGGAUCGUACCAGUGUCAGUAUCAGACACAAGUUUCAAGUCGUGACUUCAGCUCCCCCUUAAGUGACUCUGUCAGACUCUCUGUUACUGUGACCCUCCCCAGGCCCACCAUCUCCAUUAAUUCUGCUGGUGAGGUUACCUGGGGUCAGGAUGUUGGCAUCACUUGUUCAAUCUCAACUCAGCAUUUAGGUGGAACAUUAAUCCUGCAGAAGACCUCGGGUUUAAUCACAAAGACCCAAAGAUCUAGUACCAACUCCACUACCUUCAGAAUCGCCAAUGUCAACAUUGAUAAUGAGGGAUCGUACCGGUGUCAGUAUCAGACACAGGUUUCAGGUCAAGACUUCAGCUCCCCCUUAAGUGACUCUGUCAGACUCUCUGUUACUGUGAGCCUUCCAAAGCCCAGAAUCUCCAUGAAUCCUGCCAGUGAGGUUACCUGGGGUCACAAUGCCGGCAUCACUUGUUCAAUCUCUACUCAGCAUUCAGAUGGAACAUUCAUCCUACAGAAGACCUCAGGCUCAUUCAAACAGACCCAAACAUGUAGUAACAACUCUGCUACCUUCAUUAUCCCUCAAGUGAACUUUGAUAAUGAAGGAUCGUACCAGUGUCAGUAUCAGACACAAGUUUCAAGUCGUGACUUCAGCUCCCCCUUAAGUGACUCUGUCAGACUCUCUGUUACUGUGACCCUCCCCAGGCCCACCAUCUCCAUUAAUCCUGCUGGUGAGGUUACCUGGGGUCAGGAUGUUGGCAUCACUUGUUCAAUCUCAACUCAGCAUUUAGGUGGAACAUUAAUCCUGCAGAAGACCUCGGGUUUAAUCACAAAGACCCAAAGAUCUAGUACCAACUCCACUACCUUCAGAAUCGUCAAUGUCAACAUUGAUAAUGAGGGAUCGUACCGGUGUCAGUAUCAGACACAGGUUUCAGGUCAAGACUUCAGCUCCCCCUUAAGUGACUCUGUCAGACUCUCUGUUACUGUGAGCCUUCCAAAGCCCAGAAUCUCCAUGAAUCCUGCCGGUGAGGUUACCUGGGGUCACAAUGCCGGCAUCACUUGUUCAAUCUCUACUCAGCAUUCAGAUGGAACAUUCAUCCUACAGAAGACCUCAGGCUCAUUCAGAAAGACCCAAACAUGUAGUAACAACUCUGCUACCUUCAUUAUCCCUCAAGUGCAUUUUGAUAAUGGAGGAUCGUACCAGUGUCAGUAUCAGACACAAGUUUCAAGUCGUGACUUCAGCUCCCCCUUAAGUGACUCUGUCAGACUCUCUGUUACUGUGAGCCUUCCAAAGCCCAGAAUCUCCAUGAAUCCUGCUGGUGAGGUUACCUGGGGUCACAAUGCCGGCAUCACUUGUUCAAUCUCUACUCAGCAUUCAGAUGGAACAUUCAUCCUACAGAAGACGUCAGGCUCAUUCAGAAAGACCCAAACAUGUAGUAACAACUCUGCUACCUUCAUUAUCCCUCAAGUGAACUUUGAUAAUGAAGGAUCGUACCAGUGUCAGUAUCAGACACAAGUUUCAAGUCGUGACUUCAGCUCCCCCUUAAGUGACUCUGUCAGACUUUCUGUUACUGUGAGCCUCCCCAGGCCCACCAUCUCUAUUAAUCCUGCUGGUGAGGUUACCUGGGGUCAGGAUGUUGGCAUCACUUGUUCAAUCUCAACUCAGCAUUUAGGUGGAACAUUAAUCCUGCAGAAGACCUCAGGUUUAAUCACAAAGACCCAAAGAUCUAGUACCAACUCCGCUACCUUCAGAAUCGUCAAUGUCAACAUUGAUAAUGAGGGAUCGUACCAGUGUCAGUAUCAGACACAGGUUUCAGGUCAAGACUUCAGCUCCCCCUUAAGUGACUCUGUCAGACUCUCUGUUACUGUGAGCCUUCCAAAGCCCAGAAUCUCCAUGAAUCCUGCUGGUGAGGUUACCUGGGGUCACAAUGCCGGCAUCACUUGUUCAAUCUCUACUCAGCAUUCAGAUGGAACAUUCAUCCUACAGAAGACCUCAGGCUCAUUCAGAAAGACCCAAACAUGUAGUAACAACUCUGCUACCUUCAGAAUCGUCAAUGUCAGCAUUGAUAAUGAGGGAUCGUACCGGUGUCAGUAUCAGACACAGGUUUCAGGUCAAGACUUCAGCUCCCCCUUAAGUGACUCUGUCAGACUCUCUGUUACUGUUCGCCUCCCCAAGCCCAGCAUCUCCAUGAAUCCUGCUGGUGAGGAUGUUGGCAUUACUUGUUCAAUCUCAACUCAGCAUUUAGGUGGAACAUUCAUCCUGCAGAAGACCUCAGCCUCAUUCAGAAGGACCCAAACAUCAUGUAACAACUCUACUACCUUUAGCAUCCCUAAAGCCAACUUUGACAAUGAGGGAGCGUACCAGUGUCAGUAUCAGACACAGAUUUCAGGUCGAGACUUCAGCUCCCCUUUAAGUGACUCUGUCAGACUCUCUGUUAAUGUGAGCCUACCCAAGCCCAGCAUCUCCUUGAAUCCUGCUGGUGAGGUUACCUGGGGUCAGGAUGUUGGAUUCACCUGUUCAGUCUCAACUCAGCAUUUAGGUGGAACAUUUAUCCUGCAGAAGACCUCAGGCUCUUUCAGAAAGACCCAAACGUCAAGUACCAACUCUGUUACCUUCAGCAUCCUCAAAGUGAACUUUGAUAACGAGGGAGCGUACCAGUGUCAGUAUCAGACACAGAUUUCAGGUCGAGACUUCAGCUCCCCCUUAAGUGACUCUGUCAGACUCUCUGUUAAUGUGAGCCUACCCAAGCCCAGCAUCUCCUUGAAUCCUGCUGGUGAGGUUACCUGGGGUCAGGAUGUUGGAUUCACCUGUUCAGUCUCAACUCAGCAUUUAGGUGGAACAUUUAUCCUGCAGAAGACCUCAGGCUCUUUCAGAAAGACCCAAACGUCAAGUACCAACUCUGUUACCUUCAAUAUCGUCAAAGUGAACUUUGAUAAUGAGGGAGCAUACCAGUGUCAGUAUCAGUUACAGGUUUCAAGUCGAGACUUCAGCUCCCCCUUAAGUGACUCUUUCAGACUCUCUGUUACUGUGAGCCUCCUCAAGCCCAGCAUCUCCAUGAAUCCUGCUGGUGAGGUUACCUGGGGUCAGGAUGUCGCCAUCACUUGUUCAAUCUCAACUCAGCAUUUAGGUGGAACAUUCAUCCUGCAGAAGACCUCAGGCUCUUUCAGAAAGACCCAAACAUCAAGUAUCAACUCUGUUACCUUCAGCAUCCUCAAAGUGAACUUUGAUAACGAGGGAGCGUACCAGUGUCAGUAUCAGACACAGAUUUCAGGUCGAGACUUCAGCUCCCCCUUAAGUGACUCUGUCAGACUCUCUGUUAAUGUGAGCCUACCCAAGCCCAGCAUCUCCUUGAAUCCUGCUGGUGAGGUUACCUGGGGUCAGGAUGUUGGAUUCACCUGUUCAGUCUCAACUCAGCAUUUAGGUGGAACAUUUAUCCUGCAGAAGACCUCAGGCUCUUUCAGAAAGACCCAAACGUCAAGUACCAACUCUGUUACCUUCAAUAUCGUCAAAGUGAACUUUGAUAAUGAGGGAGCGUACCAGUGUCAGUAUCAGACACAGAUUUCAGGUCGACACUUCAGCUCCCCCUUAAGUGACUCUGUCAGACUCUCUGUUAAUGUGAGCCUCCCGAAGCCCAGCAUCUCCUUGAAUCCUGCUGGUGAGGUUACCUGGGGUCAGGAUGUUGGAUUCACCUGUUCAGUCUCAACUCAGCAUUUAGGUGGAACAUUUAUCCUGCAGAAGACCUCAGGGUCUUUCAGAAAGAGGCAAACGUCAAGUACCAACUCUGUUACCUUCAGUAUCCUCAAAGUGAACUUUGAUAACGAGGGAGCAUACCAGUGUCAGUAUCAGACACAGGUUUCAAGUCGAGACUUCAGCUCCCCCUUCACUGACUCUGUCAGACUCUGUGUUUCUGUGCCACUGCUGCAGCCCAGCAUCAACCUGACAUCUCCUAACAGAGGGUUGGCCUGGGGUUCUGAAGGUGCAGAGGUCACCAGGGGUUACAGCUUUGUCAUCACCUGCUCCAUUUCCUCCCACUAUCCUGGAGGUGUUUUCUCUCUCAUCUUCUCUGGCUCCAACAUCACCGACACCAAGCCAGCAGUCAACAACUCAGCCUCCUUCAACUUCCCUGUAGCUGAGUAUGAACACCAGGGCAACUACAGCUGUGUGUAUGAAGUCACACUGUCCUCAAGGAAAUUCACUUCCACCGAAACAACACUGAUUAGUGUCAUCAUUACAUUGCCUUUGUUGCUGCUGGUCUCCACAGUAGUUGCUGGGAUCCUGCUGGUGCCCCUGCUGGUGCCCCUGCUGGUCUUGGUGGUGGUCUUUCUGGUUCUCAGGAGAAGGACAGGAGCCAGGCAGCCUGGAGCCCACUUCCAAACUCAAUUGUCUGUCAGGAACCAUCAUGAAGAUUUUGAGGAAGAGGAGGAGGAAGAGCGUUAUACAAACUUUGAAGAAGUGUACGAGUGUAUGAGGCAAGAGCAAACAAGAGGAAUGGAAGAAGAGGAUGGCGAUGAAGAUCAUGACUAUGGGGAAGAGGAGGACAAUGGUCAUAAUCACGUGGGAAGCGAGGACGUCUAUGCCUUGGUUGAGGGACAAGGAGAGGGAUGAUGAAGAUAGUGAUGAUGACUAUGUAAACGUACAGCAGCCCUUUGAUGAAGACACUCUGGACAUUUACGGAGAACAUGAGGAUAUUUAUCAAAACAUUUAGCUUUCUACUGUCUCAUAUUCCAUCACUCCCUUCAGGAUUUCGCAGGGUAUUUUGGGAUUGUUGUGGCAUAAAAUGUCUGAUUCCACGGCAGCUUUUCCAGAAAAUUGCUUUGUAUAUUGCAACAUUUUUUGCCACUUUUUUGCUGAAAAGGUAAAUAUUACAAAACUGAAAACUGAAGGAAACUUGUUCCAUUGAGAAUUAAAUCACACUUUUUGGAGUGUUCCAAGUAACUUUACCAAAAAGGCUCAGGAUUAUGAAGGUAAUGAGAUGUUGUCCGCAUGGUCUGCAUCAUCAGAACUAGUCACUACGAAGUGAGUUUGGUGAUGUGUGGUUCAGGAAACUACAGUGAUUGAUCACAUUUACAGAAAAGUUGCAGGGAUUUGACCAAAGUGUAAGGUUAUGCAGAAUUCAUAGGGAUUAGUAGAAUCUGUGUUAAUUAUUGUGAUCACAACUUCCUGGAGGUUUCUAUCAGCCUCGUAUUUUCUGUGCAUUUUUCUGACUGUACGCUUAAUGACCUCUUGUGGUUGCAGUGAUUCACAAUGUUUGAAAAACCUCAAAAACAUAUUUAAUUGACUGUGCUGUGUUUUAUACUGAAUGCUCCCUCCUCUUAACCAGCCAGUUGGGGCUGCAAGUAAUCGACAAGUGCUAUACUAAAAUCAAGGCUUACCUAAUCUGUUGUAGCCAACAGUUUGGCCUUCGUUGUCUGGUCUCAUCUUGAACUGGAGCAUCUGCAGAUAUAUUCCAUAAUCAAUAAUGUUAUGAUCCACUAAAGUUAGACAUGAUACAAGAUGGAUAAAUCAAUGGGACAUGCAUUCUCUGAUCAUGGCAACAUGAAGUGUAAAUUAUUUAGAAUUUCAGCUUUUCUGAGUUUAACCAAACAUGUAUAUGUCUGUGUCUGUUAUAUUGUUAUAAAGUGGCAUGGUUGCUAGUAAUGUUCUAAAUAAAUAAUAAUGUUUAAGUUGA